CCGCGGCUCACUCAGUUGCAAGUUAGCUCUCGGCCAGAUAUAACCUGUGUCUCUCGCGCGCUGUCGGUGCAAUUAUUCUCACCGUCGCCGCCACCGACCGCACCGAAAUAAACCCAAACAGACUUGAUAGUGCAUUUUGAUUGGCCAGCAGCGACGAACGCAACAUGACCGGGGAAGCGCACAAGCGUAAAAUAAGUGGCUUUAAAAAGAAACAUACAGUGUCAACGGACGGCAGUGGCCCCCUCGAUGUCUACGUCCAGGGAGACUUGCACCAGAUGGAAAAGAAGGCUCUUUUCCUCACCGUCCACGACCUCGGCACCAACCACUCGAGCUUCCACGACUUUGUGAGCCACCCAUGCAUGUGCGAGAUCAAGGAGCGCUCCGUUUUCAUCCACGUUGACGUGCCCGGACAAGAAGACAAUGCUCCGGACCUCUCGAAAGAUUUCAACUUCCCGACUAUGGCCACUCUGGGCGAGGAUUUGGUGACGGUGCUGGACUAUUUGCACAUCAAGUAUGUGAUCGGCCUCGGCGAGGGUGCGGGCGCGAACGCGCUGGCCCGCUUCGCCAUCGCGCACCCGUCGCGGUGUCUCGGCCUCAUCUUGAUCAACUGCACCGGCUCAGCAGCUUCUGUGAUGGACCACUUCAAGGACAAAUUCAUGAAUUGGAAGAGCAGCCAGGUGUCCCAGAGCGCCGAGGACUACUUGGUCUACCACAAAUUUGGACACCAACUGGACAACUCGACCGAGAGCGACAAAGACAAGGUGAUCCAGGAGUACCAAAACCGGCUCCGUCAGUCCAUCAACCCGAAGAAUCUCAAGCUCUACGUCAACUCGUUCCUUAAUCGCAAGGACAUGCCCGCCAAGAACAUCAAGGCCGACGUUCUGCUGGUGACUGGCGAGAGGGGCUCGUUCGCCGCUGCAGUCGAGAAGCUGCACAUGAUGUUGGACAAGAGCAGGGCCACCCUGCUCAAAAUUGAUCGCGUCGGCGAUGUCAUGCUCGAGGCUCCUGAGAAGUUGGCUCAGAGCAUCCUGCUGUUCUGCAAGGGGCAGGGCCUGCUGACCUCGAUCACGAUGCCUGGCGUGGAGAGACAAAGAACCUUCUCUGGAAGCUCAGCGGACGGCGAGGGCCGCAGCCGACGCCUCAGCCGUGGCAUGAGCAUGGAGGAGUACGACAAACCCAACAUCAGACGGCUGUCCAUCACCACCCCAGGUCCGCUGCCGCAGCUACCCAAGUCUGACUAAGUGCGCGGUGGCUGAGACGGGGGCGAUAAAAUUUGUUUGCGGCAGUUGGAUUUUUGUUGGAGCCGGCAAUUUGAGUCACACACAAACCAAACACGAAAAAACACACUCACCACUACCACCAAGCAAAUGAUUCUACCAAAUACACACACACACACACACACACUGGCGUCAAGUUUUCGGUGGUCUAUGCUAAACAAAACACACUCAUAGACUAGUUAUUUUUAUUGAAAGGGAAUCAUAGAAGUGGGUAAAAAUUGAUGAUGAUUAUGAGAGGGGCAUAAUAGAAGGAGGUUAUUUGUGUUAUUCUAAUUUUAAAGACAUUGUACCUACACGAGAAAUUACGCUACCACAGAAUGUCGGAAAAAUUGUAACAGAGGAAUCUAUAAAUAGCUAACCUUUAAAGCGCGCCCAGAGUAAAUGUCGUUGUUGAGUAUUAAACGCAGAUGCUUUUAAACGAUUUAAAGAAGAGUUACAUAAAAUUGUAUAAUCUAAGCAGGCGUCGGAUUCGAUUGUUCGGCACUGUGUAGCAGAGUGCUGCCGUAUGUAUUGAAUACUAUGAGCAAGAAGUACCAUAGUUGUUGCGGAGGCUUGAUUUUGCACCUUGUUGAUAUGAUUAUAAAAAUAUAAAAAGAGAAUCUACACGUAAAUUACACGCAUGUAAAAUAUAUUAAAAUUCGCGGCAUCAGUUUGUUUCUUUUGUACAUGUUUUGGUGUCAGUGUUUGGAAGCAGAAAUGUAGCAGGCCAUCUUUGUGAAUGUCGCGUAGAUGAGUAAAAAGUUCUGAUUCGAGAGUACCAUUUUGAAAGCACACACAGCACUAACUUGGGUAACAAUAAAAAGAGCCACUUCUCUUUCUCAGUCAGUGUACGUUUCCUUUCAGCUUCCUUGAUUAAAAGAAAAAAAAAAUAAAUAAAUUGACACGAGUUUUCAACAAGCCUAUAGGUGCCUGAUCAUUCUAAAAAGGUUAGAUGAAAGGGAAGAUGGAAGCAAUCAUUUUAUUAAUUGUCCUAAUAUUAUAUUAACAUAAUGUAUUCUAUAUCUUGUACAUGUCUAUCGAUCAUAGAUAAUUUCGUUCAAUAAAAAUGUAUUUUGAACACUGA